GAUCUCCCCUGGCAGAAUUCUGACCAAUGAGGAACGAAGGGGGAGUUUCUGCCUUUCAUCUCCUUUAGCGUGCGAACCACAACAAACAGCGACGAUACAGCGGAUGGCAAACAAGUCACAAUAAAACAGCAAAGACAGCUGCAGCUAUGGGCAAGUCCCAGUCACACUUGGCCAAACACAAAGAUGAGAGUCAAGACGCCCUGACGGCUGCUGGCGAGUACAGAGACAGUCAGACAGAAGAGGAUGGAAAGAACGGAGACGUAUCUCAGUUCCCCUAUGUGGAGUUUACUGGUCGGGACAGUGUCACAUGCCCCACAUGCCAGGGCACUGGCAGAAUCCCACGUGGUCAAGAGAACCAGCUUGUGGCUCUGAUUCCAUACAGCGACCAAAGGCUCAGACCAAGCAGGACAAAGCUGUAUGUCACGAUAUCAGUGGCUCUCUGCCUGCUGCUGUCUGGACUGGCUGUUUUCUUCCUAUUCCCUCGCUCCAUUGAUGUCUCCUACGUGGGAGUGAAAUCUGCCUAUGUCUCCUAUGAUCAGGACAAAAGAAUUGUCUAUCUCAACAUUACAAACACUCUGAACAUCACCAAUAAUAACUACUACGCCAUAUCUGUGACUAACAUCACAGCACAAGUGCAGUUCUCUAAGACGGUGAUAGGCAAGGCCAAGUUUAGCAACAGCACAGUGAUCAUACCACUGGAUGAACAGCAGAUCGACUACACAGUUCCCACAACCAUUGCCGAUGAGAUGAGCUAUAUGUUUGACUACUGCACCUUGCCCACCAUCAAAGUUCACAACAUAGUGGUCAUGAUGCAGGUGACCGUGACAACAUCGUACUUUGGCCACGCAGAGCAGGUCUCCCAAGAGAUGUACCAGUAUGUGGACUGUGGGGGAAACACCACCUCCUUGCAUGGGCAUGUGCAGGUCUACCAGUAAGGCAAGCAGAAGAGCACAUGCAUCAGAUUCUGCUGAGACUGAGGUCACAGGGAGUGACUAGGCAGACCUCCACACUAGGAGAUCUUUGCUCAGUGGCAAUGGCAUAAUAUUUCUCAAACUAGUCAAAGUGGCUCAUGAUCCAUUUUUACAUUCUCUUCCACCUUUUACAUGUCACAUAAGCUUAGAAUAGACAUUUUGCAAUAAAACCUCCAUCUGAUGGCCUGUUACCGGUUAACAAAGCAAUCUUACCUGCCUGAAUUUUGCAGAAUUUGCCUCGAGGUUCACCGUCUUUUCCCAAUCUGGUGCAAACAGAACACACAGAUAUGAGAGAUUUAUUAUUCAUUUAUUUACUGGAAGGUUUUCCCACCACAUUAUUUCUCCAAUACUAACAUUACUGGAAUCAGUAGUUUUAGUUCUGAUGCACUUUAGCUAACCUGGCAAUAGCCAGAUUAAUAAUUGUGUAGUACUUGAUAGUACUCCACAAUAUCAAUCUGGGACCGCUCCGUGUAAAUCCGUUCAGAGGAAAGAGGUACGGAUUGGACAUUGCAACAGUAUGUCCCGCCUCUGACAGGUUUGUUUUUAGUCAAUCGCGGGAUCUUCACAACGAGCGGAGCCAAUUGGUAGAUUAAACUCUUACCAAAACCCGUAGGUAAAAAAGCACAAACAUCUUUACCAUCCAGAAAUGCGCAAAGCGCCUCUCUUUGUUCUUCCUUCAAAGAAGCGAUAGGAGAUUCAGCUAAAACUCACUUAACAGCAGCAUCUACACGAUCGUUGUCCUCCGUUGCCAUGUUUGUUUUGAUCUACUGGCGUUUGGUGUCGUCUUCACACCCGGAUAUCCCGCCCCACACACAAAUACUGCUGCGUGAUUGGCCCGUGCCAACUUGGCUCUGUACGAACAGUGAAUGCGGGAGCGGAGCAAGAUGGUUUCUUGAGAGAUUUGUGAACUCACAAAUAUCGCGAGAAAUCAACUUGCUGGCAAGGUUAACUUUAGCCUGAUUCAUAUCAACUGUAAGGAACAUGAAUGUUGUUUGAGUACAGUGGGAAUGCUGCAUCUGCUAACACGCCCUCCUACUCUACACCACUUUUAAAUAAUUUUACAGUCAAUAAGGUGUAAGAAAUAUCUUACUUUUUCGACAGUGAAAACUAAACCACUGAGCAGUACCUAACCACUUCUUUCUGCCCUUUUUUCAUUCCUUCCUUCAAGCUGCCUCUUUUUUCUCUUUCAUGAUUCAUGGUUCUUGAUAUUGUAUAGUGCAAUAUAGAUGACUUAUUAUCUCAUGUCAUUGGUUCGUUUUUCGUUUUUUGGCUCAGAGUUUGGUACUUUCAGUUUAUUGAGUAGUGGGAGUAUAAGUCUUACAUUUAUAAUUCUGCUGUGUGAUUUAAAGGCAAAUGUGACUACUGUGUUACAUUCAUAUUUUACUGAACGAUUAAAAUCUUUAUUUUCCAUUCAAGAAUAAAAAUAACUUUGUUAAAGGGAUAAUAUUUUUAAUGAUAAAAACAGGAGCAUUACAGUGGGCUAUACAGUAGAGCUAUGUGUAAAUGCAAUUAAGUAUGAACUUUCUUUCUGGGUUGCUUUAGAACAUGCUAAAGCAAGAAUACUUUCUGACCUGGGAGCAGCUUUGUUCCCUUUAAUGAGGCUGUUCUGUUUUUGUGGACUGUGGUGUCAUUUACUGUAUUAUGUGUGCAAUUUUGAUCCACUUUGCAUCUGUAACUUGUGUCAUGAGUUUACUCCUAUUCCUGAGGUUUGAAAUGAUCAUGACUUCCUUUCAUUUGUUUCUGUUGUGUAUUUAAUUGUUCUCAUUAUUUUACACUUAAACACCACAGAUUGUGUGCACUAUAGAGUUUUUGUGUGACAGCAGACACCCAUUAUGCUUGAAUUGCUAAAAUAUAUAUUUUUUAAACAUGAGUGCAAAGUUUCUCAUUUAAGUUAAUUUGUGAUAAUUUGGUAAGUUAUGCAACACAAAGUGUAAAUUUUCCUACCAUUUCUACAAAAUAAUCAUAAGGAAACUGUAAGACUAACUAUAGCCUUCUUGAAAUUUGAUAACAGUGAAGAUGUGAAUGCUUCGCUGCUACUUUCUAAUAUCUACAAGUGGUUUUGUGUUUUUCAUGCAUGAAGCUAAAAAUAAAAUCAUUGCUUAAUUUUGAA